CAAAGUCUUGAAUCAUGGCUAGUGUUCUCCUUGUUGCUCUCUUCUUACUCAUCCCAAUUAUCUUUCUGCUAAAAAGAACCAAACCAUCCAAAAGAGUCCCUCCAGGUUCACUUGGAAUUCCCAUUAUCGGUCAAAGUCUUGGCUUUCUUCGUGCUAUGCGAUCCAACACUGCAGAAAAAUGGAUUGAAGACAGAAUAAACAAGUAUGGCCCUAUUUCAAAGCUAAAUAUCUUUGGAAAACCAACUGUUUUGAUUCACGGACAGGCUGCAAAUAGGUUUAUAUUCGCCAACAGCGGUAACAAUAUUGUUAACCAGCAAACACAGUCUACUAAGAUGAUAUUAGGUGAAAGGAACUUGCUUGAACUGAGUGGCAAAGAUCAUAGUAGAGUUAGAGGUGCACUUGUCUCGUUCUUGAAGCCGGAAUCUUUGAAACACUAUGUCGGUAAAAUUGAUGAAGAGGUUAGGAGACACCUUCAGAUGCAUUGGGAAGGGAAACAGCAGGUCAAGGUAUUGCCCCUGAUGAAGACUCUAACAUUCAAUAUAAUUUGCUCUCUUCUGUUUGGUCUUGAGAGUGGAAAACAAAGAGAUCAACUCAUGAAUCCCUUCCGAGCAUUGAUUAAAGGAGUGUGGUCAGUCCCAAUCAAUGCACCCUUCACACGCUACAACCGCAGUCUCAAGGAAAGUGCAAGGAUACAAAACUUGUUGAAGGAGAUUGUGCACCAGAAGAAAGUCGAACAUGAGAAAAAUGGUGCAAAUUCCCGCCAAGACUUGAUUAGUUGCUUGCUUAGCAUGGUUGAAGAUGAUAAACAAGUUUUGACUGAGAAGGAAAUCAUCCACAAUGCUAUGCUUGUCAUGGUCGCGGGGCAUGACACGUCAGCUAUUCUAAUCACUUUCAUUAUCCGGCUCUUGGCUAACGAUCCAGAAAUUCGUGCAGGUGUUCUUCAAGAACAGGAAGAAAUAGCAAAAGGCAAGCUCUUAGGAGAGACUUUAACAUGGGAAGACGUUUCAAAGAUGAAAUAUACUUGGAGAGUAGCAAUGGAAACUCUUAGAAGGUUUCCUCCCAUUUUUGGUGGAAUCAGAAAAGCAACAACAGAUAUUGAAUAUGGUGGAUACAUUAUACCCAAAGGGUGGCAGAUCUUUUGGGUCACAUCAAUGACUCACAUGGACAGCAAAAUAUUCCCAGAGCCAUCAAAGUUUGAUCCAAGUAGAUUUGAAAACCAAGCAUCUACACCACCCUAUUGCUAUGUUCCAUUUGGAGGGGGAGCAAGAAUAUGUCCAGGAUAUGAGUUUGCUAAGGUUGAAACUCUUGUGACAAUUCAUUACCUUGUGACAAAGUUCAGUUGGAAGCUACUUUCAGACAAUUCCUUCAGCAGGGAUCCAAUGCCAACACCAUCUCAAGGCCUGUUGAUUGAACUUUGCCCAAGGAAACUAUCUUAGCUCUCAUUCAACAACUUCUGGUCCACCUCAUAAGAUUUUUACUAGAAUAGUGUGUUAUGUAGAUUGUGUAUAUAUUUGUAUUAGCUUAUCCUGUAUUCAAUUUCAA